AUGGCAGCACAGUCAGCCACGCGAGCCCUCGCGACGAGAAAAACAGAGCCCCCAAAACACCAGUCUCCACCUGAAUCACCGCAGAGUCGUCGAGCCCUGACCCCCCGGAGUCAGUCACCCCCGAGGACCCUGGCCCAUCACCACCAGCAGAACCUCCAGAAGAUGUCUUCGCCCCAGAUGGACGCCCAGAGGACGGAUCCCCAGGUGUCAAUCGUUGGAAAGACCCCGCAGCCGGUCACCCUGGAGGACGUGUCUGCCAGCGCAAGGCCCCCGACGCCCCCGGAGGCGCCCCACGUGGACCGCAGGUCCCCAGAGCCCCCUGCGGUCCCCCCGAACCCCCCGCCAAAUCCUCCGAAGCCAGAUCCCCCUCCGAAUCCCCCCACGGCCUCACUGAACCCGAUUAAAACAGCCCCUGCGUCCCCAAUCAUCCCCAGGAGCAAAUCCCCAGGUGGAAAUCCCUGGCUGAACCCUGGGGACCCCAGGCCCCUGGAGCCAAAUCCUCGCCCCAAGACCCCAAUCCCCAGACAAGUGAGCCCUCACCCCCUCUCUGACGACGAGACUUACGACCCUCCGUCACGCUCGAGGACUCCCGUCUACCCCAGGGUCGUCCCCAGCUCCAAACCACCCCCGGAAACUCCGAAGGCCUUCGCCCUCGACCAAACCCCCAUUUCCUUGAUCAACGAUCAGCACGAGGUGGAGCUCAUCCCCAGGAGGCGCUCCGAGGAGAAGAGGAGUCUGAGUCUCGGGGAUGUCGACGACACUGUCACCAUCACCAAGGUCACCAAGCGUUCGAAGGGGGUGGAGAGGCCGAAGACGCCGGUGACGAGGACGGACACUCCGGUGCUGAGGCCCAGGACUCCCGUGGAGAGACCCAAGACCCCGGUGUUGAGGUCCAGGACUCCCGUCGAGCGGCCGAAGACACCCGGGGCCACGGGCGAGAGGACGAGGCGGAGGAGCGCUCUCGGGGAGCGGGAGAUGGGGGGCGACGAGAGGAUCGAGGGGGAGGGGGAGGAACGACGGAGGAGGCGGAGGAACAACCGCGAUGGGUUCUGCUGGAAGUGCCAUAAGGACGAGGUGGAGAUCGCAUGCAGCACUUGUGUCAGGUAA